CAGACCUCCGAUAUCAGAGGAACAAUGAGCUCUGUUUAUUAGACAUCCUCGUGACACCUCAUUCAUGGCUUUUGAUACGCUUGAAAUGGCCUGUGCCACUGGACUUGGCACCGCGGUCAAGUUUCAAAAGAGAAAAUCAAGCUCUGCCUUUGGAUGAUGUGGCCGGUCAUCAUGACCGAUCACCCAUCCCAUGUUGAUUUCAUUCACUGGCGUUCAUCGUUGACGUGCACUUGGAAUGCCUUUAACAUUAACACUAAUGUCGUCGUUGUUCCAUUGAACCGCUGUUUCGGAUUGGCGUUAAUUCAAUCCUUGCUGUCCAAACUUGCGCAUGCGGCAUGCCAUUUCUUGACCGUUACUUCCCGCGGAAACUUUCCCAUCCUUUCCCAUGAUCCAAUGCAUGUGGUAGCAUUUUAUUGACAGACAUUCUGCAGCGGAGCACGGAGCCUCAGCUAUAAAUCUGUUCUAGCACUUAGAACGAGAUCUCAGGAGUUCAGGUCAGGUAUUUUCAAAAUUGUCGAGAUGAGCGAACAUAGGCAUGCCGCCUCCCGUGGAAUUGCUUGGAGGGAGAGGGAAAUAUUGGAUCUCCUCUCCUUCUGGGGGGAGGAAAAAAUACAGGAAGCACUGAAGAGUUCCUAUAGAAAUAUCGAUUAUUUCGAGCGCAUUGCAGCCCAGAUGGCCCUUCGGGGACAUAAAAGGACAGCUAUGGAGUGCAGGUCAAAAACAAAAACGAUGAGACUGGAUUACAAGAAGGUAGUGGCGCACAAUUCAACCUCUGGAAAUGCUCCCAUUACCUGCCCGUAUUUCAGGGAGCUUGACAGCAUUCUCCGGGGGGAUGCAAGCGUGAAACCAAAACGAGUGUCAAGAAGUCUUGGCGUUGUGUCCCUGGGGCGGCAAUUGAGAGACCCGUGUCCAGUGUCUGAUGGCUCGGAGGAGCUUUUUUCGCACGACCUCUUCACCAUAGAUCAUGGACAGAUUAGAAGCUCCACUCCAUGCCAAGUGGGUGUGAGAGAGAAUGUACCUGAGGUUGAGGCAGAGAUUGACACUGAUGCCACUGUGGAUGGCCUUGAAGACAAAGAGUCUGAUGAUCCGUGUCCUGACGGUCAAGAGGAAACAAUUAGCAACAACAGCUCCAGCACAUCUGGUCUUGGCAGCAGCAAAGAAUCACCUUUGAAAUCAGUGGCGGAGCUAUCACCUGGCACACGCCUAUCAGCCAUUAGAUCCAGAAGAAGAAGAAAUGCUGGCCUGUUUUCUGUGGCGGACAAGAUGAUGAGUCAGUCAGGGGAAGAGCACAAGGCACAGAUCAAUGAAUGGCGCAUAGACCGCAAGGAUAGCAACAAAUGGCAUGAAGAAGAAAGGAGGUUGCAAGUCGAGUUCCUAGAGGAGACCAGGAAGGAAAGAAAUGAUUUUAGGGAUGUGUGGAUGCAGAAUCUGCAUGUAAUGGAAUCUGCAGUAACCACUCUCCAAACACUUGGGGAAAUGUUGGUGAGUCAGCACCGGGGAAGGUCAGCAAAUGCUUGUGAAAAGGGUGACAGCAACUCAGAAAACAUCCCACCUAGGUCUGCCACGGCAAAACGUGCAUGCGUUGGAAGGGCUCGUGAAAGGCUGACUCUUUAGCAUUACUGGACUAAGAUGUUUCCGUUUGAAUUAACGGUCCCGUUUCCCUAUUUUCACUGUUACACUGUUGUUUGUAUUACAUUGGAGUGUUUUUCAAUUUCACUACUUGUUUUACUCCUGACGGCCAAGACAUCAAUAAACAAGGGGAC